GCCUGGUGGUUGGCUGGGUAAACACAUAGGGGCUGUCCUUCAAAACGGCGGUUUCAAAACAGCCCGGGAGGGCGCGAAGCUGUUGCUCCUCCUACUAGCUGCCUUGACAUCUCUUUCUGCGGGGGGCUUAGAGUAGGGUUUUGAAGUGAAAAUAACUAAGGCUAUGUAAUUUACUUCCUUUAGCAAAGGGUAGCCAGUCUAGGAAUGCAGAAAAAGCAAGGUCCCCCACCUCGACCCUACCAUUAGGAGAUAUGGAGAAGGUUACUGUUGAUGUGCACAUAGAAAACAAGGGAAAAGAUUCUCCAGAACAAGGCUCUGUGGAACAAGACUCCAAAGAUGAAAUUGAUGUUACAGCUCUGAGUGACACUGAGCUAUGGGAGCUUCUCUGUGCAUAUGGAAUCACCCCUGGACCAAUAUUACCUUCUACAAGGACCAUUUAUGAGAACAAGCUCCUGCAGUUGAUGAAGCAAUGCCCAGGAACAGCAGCUGAGUUGAACAGUGAGGUUAAUUCUGAAAAUGAUGGAGAAGGAAAAACCACAGAAGUAGUCAUCCAAACAAAUGGCCUCACAGUGACAACUGAACAUACCUCUGGGUCUGAAAAUAAAUCACCUGCAGAUGUGGCAGAACGUCAGAAAAAACUCUUGUCAUCUGAUGUUGAACACAGUUUAGCUAAAAUAGUGGCAGAACUGCAGGAAAUAUUGCCAGAGGGUAAAGUGGCACUGCAUCGGUCACAAGGACCAAGGAAGAAAGCUGGCAGUCCUGAAAGGAAUUACAGACAAAAGACAACUGAUCUACCACACCAAGACUUUGGCUAUCCUGAUGUUAAUGUUACUGUAGGACAAAGUGCUAGAAGAAGAAGAAACGCAAUAAAGGAGAAUCCUCCCUCUGUGAAACAAGAACCUGAAACCAAAUGCCAUGUAGUACCUGGGAGAUCAAGAGAAGGACGUAUACCAAUACGUGUAAAGAUUGCUGCUUUUGCCAUCUUCAUGUUCCUUCUCUUUGUGUAUGUAACUAUGGAAACUAAUUUUCAUAAUCCAUUCACAAGCUUUGCCAAGGGCAAAUGAGUGUAUUCUGUCUUUUAGAAAUGGAGUUGUUAGACCAGACAGAGUGGUUCUGUCUAGCUGCUUAUGAAUUAAGUAUUUGGGGGUAGCUGAUUAAAACACAAAAAGAAUUA